AUGCUGUUCCGAAUGACGCUGAUUAUCUUUCUCUCUAUCUAUCUAUCUAUCUAUCUAUCUGUCAUGACUGGUUCAUAUUUAUGUAGUUAUAGAUCUAUCUGCUCUUCUGCCUAUCUGGCCUACAGCUCUUCUGCUUGUCUGGCCUGCAGCUCUUCUGCCUAUCUGGCCUGCAAUUCUUCGGCCUGUCUGGCCUGCAAUUCUGCUCCAACUUCUCUGCGACUUUCGAGCAAUUUUCUUCUCUUCGACUUGGCUGCGACUUCUCUGCCUUUGUAUAAUUACGGAUUUUUUCUUUUUUAUCUCGUUUCUCCAUUUCUUAUCUAUCUAUCUAUCUAUCUAUCUAUCUAUCUCUCUAUCUAUCUCAGCCUGUUCCUACCUAUCUAUCUCAUCCUGUUCCUGUCUAUCUAUCUGUCUAUCUCAGCAUGUUUCUAUCUAUCUGUCUAUGUCAGCAUGUUUCUAUCUAUCUAUCUAUCUAUCUAUCUAUCUAUCUAUCUAUCUAUUGUUGUAUAUCUAUACACCGUUUGA